GCACUUACCUGGAGUCACAGGGACCCUGGGCAUAAUGGUUUUGCCCUCCAAGAAGGACCUCAAGAUCUCCCUGGAAGUCUUUGCUAUUUUCCAGUGGGCCCUUAGUGCCUUUGUUAUCGUAAUCACCGUGAUCGCUGUCAACCUCUACCUGGUGUUGUUCACGCCGUACUGGCCCAUUACUGUGCUCAUCCUCACCUGGCUGGCUUUUGACUGGAAGACCCCUGAGAGAGGUGGCCGCCGGUUUACCUGCGUGAGGCAAUGGUGCCUGUGGAAACAGUACUGUGAUUACUUCCCACUCAAGCUUCUGAAGACUCAUGAUCUCUCCCCCAGCCUCAACUACAUCGUCGCCUGCCACCCUCAUGGGAUCAUGUCCCAUUCAUGGUUUGGCCACUUUGCCACAGAGAUGUCAGGCUUCUCCAAGACGUUUCCUGGCAUGACUCCUUAUAUCCUCACACUGGGGGCCUUUUUCUGGGUGCCUUUCCUCAGAGAAUAUGUCAUGUCUGUAGGUGUCUGCUCUGUGAGCCAAUCCUCCAUGGACUUCCUGCUUACCCGUAGAGGCACAGGCAACAUGCUGAUGGUGGUGGUUGGUGGUCUGGCUGAGUGCAAAUAUGGCUUGCCUGGAUCUACCACUUUGUUCCUGAAGAGCCGCACUGGCUUCGUACGCACAGCCCUUCGGCAUGGGGUGGCUCUAAUCCCGGCCUACUCCUUUGGGGAGACAGAACUCUACAAUCAGUACAUUUUCACCCCGGGGGGCUUCAUCAAUCGCUUCCAAAAGUGGUUCCAGAGUAUGGUGCACAUCUACCCUUGUGCUUUCUAUGGGCGUGGCUUCACUGAGAACUCCCUGGGCUUUCUGCCCUAUGCUCGGCCUAUUACCACCAUUGUUGGGAAGCCUCUACCACUGCCCAAGAUUGAGAACCCAAGCCAGAAGACCGUGGCUAAAUACCACGCAGUCUAUGUGGAUGCCCUGCGCCAACUGUUUGACCAGUACAAGACCAAGUUUGGCAUCUCAGAGGCCCAAGAGCUGGUGGUAACUUGACAGGCAUCCUCCAUGGCCUUUCAGCCUGGUUGGAAGGUGUGGAACAGGUGAACAAGAGGACUUUUGUGUGACUCCUGCUCCUAACUUGGUCAGUGCUUGGAGUGACGGGUUUAUGUGUGUGGGUACCUGUUUGGCUGUUUUCUGGAUCCCUCUUCCUCCUUCAUCUCUUUCCAGCUCUUCUCUGACUUUACCUUGCGGUUACAAGGAGAUGACCCCAAAGGCCCUGGGGAGAGGUGAUCUGAAACCUCCCUCACAUGCACCCACUCAGCAUCAGAACUGAGAAAAACAAGAGACAGAAUAAAAAGCCUACCUCUGAUACUGUCUGUGCCCCAACUAGCCUGUUCCCUAGGAUCCCUGCUCUUGUCUCUUUCUCUUCAGCUCUUAAGUAGCCCCAUCUUCUGGCAUCAAGGCUUCUCCAGGACCGUCGGCCUUGAGAUCCACUGGACUUUGAAUUUAGGCCCCUCCACCUUCAAACCCUGUGACUUGAAACAAUCAGUCUUCUCUGAGUCUGUUUCCUCAUCUGUAAAAUGAGACAAAUAGUUCCUCCAGUGCUUACUUCAAAGAUUGGUGGGAUGAUAAUACUGAAUGUGAUUGAACUUUGUAUACUGGAGAGCUACACAAAAUUAUUCUCCAACCAUUUUGCCCACUUCUUAUCACUGAACAAAUA